UAUGUGCAACAUAAUAUGCUGAGAACUGGAGAUACAAACAGAAAAGGAAGGCAGUCCCUACUUUCAAGGAGCUUUGAAAUUUGUCUGGGAAAUAGAGAUCUAUCAGAUAAUGAAGAAAAGGAAAAAGAUACAAAUAUGAUAGAAAUGAUGCAGCAGGAACCAACCCCCAUGCCUUCUUUACCCAAGAAAGACAAGCAGCCCAAAGAAUGUUUCCUGUUGCCAGCAAAAGAAAAGGAUAAAGAGGCCCCCAAGACCAAGAAGAGACGAAAGAAGAAAAUUUCUGACCUUCUUGCAAAAUCAGAACCAAAGCCAGGCGUCCCAGAAGACCUGCAGAAGCUGGUGAUGGAUCAGUUGAGCAUCAAGCGUUCAGUGAUUGAAUUGGAAGAAUUGAAACUGCCAGAUUCCUGUUUCCUCCCAGCCAAUGAUCUAUCUCAUAGCCUUUCUUCAUAUCUAAAGCAAAUCUGUCCCAAAUGGGCCAAACUUCGAAGGAACCACAAGGAGAAGAAGUCAUUGGUGAUGCUGAUAAUCUGUAGCUCUGCACUGCGAGCCUUGGAACUCAUUAGAUCAAUGGCAGCAUUCAAAGGAGACUGCAAAGUGCUGAAGUUAUUUGCAAAACACAUAAAGAUUCAGGAGCAGGUAAAGUUGUUGGAAAAAGGUGUGGUGCAUUUGGGAGUGGGAACACCUGGAAGGAUCAAAGCACUCAUUCAGCAAGAUGUCCUUAACUUGAACUCCCUGAAGUAUCUGGUUUUUGAUUGGAACUGGAGAGAUCAGAAGUUGAGGAGACUGAUGGACAUUCCCGAGAUAAGAAAAGAAGUUCUUGAACUGCUGGAAAUGAGACUGAUAAGCCUGUGUAGAGCCGAGUCUUUGAAGCUGGGACUUUUUUAAUUUCCAAAUUCUAAUGAAGAUUCAAGUUUUGACAUAAGGAUAGAAUUUUCAUCUGUAUUUAAUGCAACCACACACUGCCAAAUGAGUCACACAAGAUGGAUGUUUGCCUUUUGGGAUGCUUUAGCAGGCCUGAAUCUUAUUGCCUUUUUUGCCAGCUUCCUUCUCUUUAUAAUAAAGUAGAACAAAUUUGUGUCAUUUUUACUAGAUUCA